AUGCCACUGAAUCUGCUUCCCUUCUAUUCUAUCUCUCACCAAAACGGCAACAAAACCCCUUUCCCGUUCUUCUUCUUCGCCGGCAGAUUCUGCUGCCCAGCCAGAACCACAGGUGAAAUCAAGGUGGCCGUCUCGCCGACUAUGCAAUAUGAGCCGUUUCCGGCGACGAGAAGCUUCUCUGGCUGGCGGCAGCUAGGGGCGAUCAGGAUGGAGGAAGGAUAUCGAGGCUUGGCGCCUGAAGUUCUGCCGCUGCGGCGGGUGAAUUUAGCAAAGCAUUCUUUGGGUCUGCUUAAUUGGGAAACAACCGCCGGUGAAAAAACCCUACGCCUGCAGCAAACAAAAAUGGCAGCUGCUCUGGGUGAGUUGGUCCUCAAGAAGUUGGGUUCGCUAGCUGCUGAUCAAGCAAGCCUCCUUUGGGGUCUCAAAAGCGAGAUUCAGAGACUUGAAAGCACGGUUUCCAGCAUCCAAGCUGUGCUGAUGGACGCAGAGGAGCAGUCUAGUAAGAGCCAUCAGGUCCAGCUAUGGCUGCGAGGACUGGAAGAAGCCCUUUAUGAUGCUGAAGACUUGCUGGACGAUUUCUCUACAGAGGUUCUCCAGAGGAAACAAAUGGAUGGCAAUAGCUUUGUGAAUGAGGUAUGCUGCUUCUUCUCUCCAUCCAACCAAGUUGCUUAUGGAUUGAGAAUUGCUAAUCAAAUUAAGGCUAUCCGGAGCAAGUUAGAUGAGAUUGAUCAGAAUAGGAAGCAGUUCAAUUUUCAGACGUGUCCUGUGGCUAGCCAGCAUGAGAGGCAAACUGAGUCCACUACCCCUGAAAUUGUUGUUGGGAGAGAAGAAGAUAAGCAGGAAAUAAUAAGCAUGUUAUUAUCUCCUAGUUACAAGGAGAAAGUUGCAGUAGUUCCCAUUGUUGGGAUGGGGGGCUUGGGGAAGACAACAUUGGCACAACUCAUUUACAACGACGAGAAAAUCAAAUCUCGUUUCGAUUGCAGAUCCUGGGUUUGUGUUUCUGAAACUUUCGAGCCUAAAGUCUUGGUUAAAAGUAUUUUGGAGUCCAUGACCAAGAAGAAAGUGGAAGACCUUCCCUUGAACGUAUUGAAGGAUCUUCUCCAUGAGGAGAUAAAUAACAAGCCGGUAUUUUUGGUUUUGGAUGAUGUUUGGAAUGAGGACCGGGAGAAGUGGAUUCGCUUCAAGGGUUUAUUUGCUAGUGCUGCAGCAGAAGGUAGCAGAAUGGUGAUAACCACACGUCUCCGAAUCGUCGCGGAGAUGAUAGCUACCGAGACGAUUGUGCCGCAUGAGUUGAAAGGUUUGUCUGAGCCUGAGUCCUGGUCCUUGUUUGAGAAGAUGGCUUUUAAAGGGGGGGUAGCAUCAGGUCGACGAUACGUGGAGUUAGGGAAAGAGGUUGUGAUGAAAUGUCGGGGAGUACCGUUAGCCUUGAGAUCGAUGGGGGGAGUUCUGUUCUUCAAGGAUACCGAGUCGGAGUGGGAAGUAGUAAGAGACAAGCAAUUGUUGAACCUAGAGGGCGACAUCUUGACAACUACUCUUAAGUUGAGUUAUGAUAAUUUGCCUUCUCAUUUGAAGCGAUGUUUCGCCUACUGCUGCUUGUUUCCAAAAGAUUAUGAAAUCAAGGUAAAAAUGUUGGUACAGCUUUGGAUGGCCCAAGGCUACGUGACCAAGUCCAAUCAAUCUUCACUACUUGAAGAAGUUGGAAUGGAAUAUUUUAAGACAUUGUUGUGGAGGUCCUUCUUUCAGGAGGUGACAAAGGAUGCAUAUGGAAAUAUGGAGUCGUGUAAAAUGCAUGAUUUAAUGCACGAUCUUGCUGUCAAAGUUGCAGGAGAGGAGACCAUUUGCUUCAAUGCUUCAAAUCUUACGGAUAGCCUUCUUAGCAGUGGCAAUGUCGACCUGAAAAGGAUUCGGCACAUGUCCAUUGAUUUUGAUGAGAGAUCGUAUCAUGAAGGAUGGCAAGUUCCAACUCUCUUGGCUAAAGCAACAAGGCUUCGAACGUUUCUUAUCGUAAAUGUAGCGUACAAAGCCAAGUUCGAGGGAGGCUGUGAAAAAAUCUUUCCAAAGAUGAUUAGGCUGAGGGUGCUCGGUCUUAAAAAGGUGAAAACGGAGAUUAUCUUGUCUACUGUCCAUGAAUUGAAACAUCUUAGGUACCUUGAUUUUUCUAGGAACAUGAUGGAUGUACUUCCUAAUGAGAUUUCAAGAUUGGUAAACUUGCAAGUGCUCAAUCUUUGGUUUUGUAAAAACCUUCGACUACUACCGACAGACAUCGGGAAGUUGUACAAGCUUGUGUAUCUUAACCUAGAAUAUUGUCGGAGAUUGACUUGCUUACCAGCCGGGAUCGACAACCUCUCCUUCCUUAGAGAAUUGACUGAAUUCAUAGUGCCAGAAGCAGCCGCAUACAGCUCCUCGAGAGCAGCUGGUCUUGGUGAACUGAAGAGAUUGAACAACCUAAGUGGAAAGUUGACUAUUAAAGGGCUGGAAUGGGUGAAGGAUAAAACCGAAGCAGAGGCAGCCAAUUUAAAGGAUAAAUCGAGACUUGGACGGUUGCAUCUACAGUGGGGUGAAUUCACACCUUUCGUAGCUUUAAGAGAAGAUACUGAUAUGGCUAGAAAAUCGGAUCUUGAUUGGUCAGUAUUGGAGGCAUUACAACCACAUCCGAAUUUAAAGGAGAUAGAGCUGCGGUAUUACUGCGGGACGGGUAUCCCAACAAGAAGCUGUUGGUUCUCUUCUCUUAUUAAUCUGGUUCGAAUCAAGCUAUUUAUGUGUACGGAACUGCAUAGUCUGCCAUCCUUGGAUCCUUUUGUUUCUCUUGAAGAAUUAGACUUGCGGUAUUUAUUGAGCUUAGAGUACGUACAGAACGACACUGUAGCAUCAUCACAUUCUACUUCUUCUCCAUCUUCAAACAAUGACUUGGAAAUUCUGCCCUCACUCAAAUCUGUUGUGAUUGUGUUUUGCCCAAACCUGGUAGGAUGGUCUCCCACAAAUACAGAAGGGUCGGCUCUGCUACCUCGUGUUUCCACCCUGGAGAUCACAUUCUGCCCAAAAAUGGCAUCCCUCCCGCGUUUUUGGGUAAACUUUGAUCAGGUUAAGUUGAUGAAUGUGAGCAGUGAGCUGUUGAGUGCAUUUGGUGCCUCUCUGAUCUCUCCACCUCAUUCUAGGUUUCAUGAGUUGGGUCUCCAAUGCGUGAAAGAUCUGCCGCAAAGGUUGAUUGCACAACUUGCUUCCCUCGAGAGGCUAUAUAUAUCCGAUUCUACUUUAUCUCCAUCUAUUCUUCGACAACUCCCUUCCCUCCAGGAGUUCCAUAUGGAAAAUUCUCAAGUGUUGGAGCUAGAGGACACCGAUUGUGAUGAAGGGGAUGAUGAACACAACAACAUGCCACCACCGUGUGUUCUUCCAUGCCUCCGUCGGUUGGUAGUCCAACAUUUUGAGUUGGUGACUCUACCGAAGUGGAUUCAGCAUUCCUCAAAUUUGCAACAGCUGAAGAUAGUAGGGUGUAACAAGCUCAAGUGCAUACCAAGUUGGCUCACAAAGUUAACCGCCUUGGAGUCUUUGAAAGUAUGGGAUUGUGAUAUUCUAUCUGGGAGAUGCAGAAGUGACACAGCUGAGGACUGGCCCAUCAUUUCUCUCAUUCCAAACAUCCAAGUUGAUGAUCGAGUUGUCCAACAGGACGGCCACUAUUUGGAAGAAGAAGAAGAAGAAGAAGAAGCACAACAACAACAACAACAAGCAUCCUCACACACCCUAACCUCAAGGCAGCAGCAACGCCUUUGUCGUGUUGUUUCUUUAAGACUAGAGGAGGAAGAACAGAGAUCAGCAGCAACAUCACUCUCUAAGUGCUGCUUUCGAGGGAAGCAGAAGGUGGUGAAAGGCGGCUUGUGCCACAAGAGCGAUACAAGAAACUAUCCGCUGUUGGAUGUUCACCUCUCAUUCCUUAGCGAAUUGCCUAUAUUCGAAGUGACAGAAGCAGCUGCAGACGGCUCCUUGUGUGCAGCUGGCCUUGGUGAACUGAAGAGAUUGAACAAUUUAAGUGGAGAGUUGACUAUCAAAGGGCUGGAAUGGGUGAAGGAUAAAUUCGAAGCAGAGACGGCCAGUUUAAAGGAUAAAUCGAGACUUGGACGGUUGCAUCUAUGUUGGGGUGAAUUCAUAUGGACGCGUUACAAGUACAGCCGGUUAAGAGAACAUAAUAUGGAUAUAUCAGUAUUGGAGGCAUUACAACCACAUCCGAAUUUGAAGGAGAUAAAGCUGUGGUCUUACCGCGGGACGGGUAUCCCAACAGGAAACUGUUGGUUCUCUUCUCUCAGGAAUCUGGUUCGAAUCGAGCUUCGUGAGUGUACGGAACUGCGAAGUCUGCCAUGCUUGUAUCCUUUUGUUUUUCUUGAAGAAUUGAAGUUGCACUAUCUAAAGAGCUUAGAGUACGUAACAGUGGCAUCAUCAGCUUCAAGCAAUGACUUGGAAAUUCUGCCCUCACUCAAGUCUCUCUCGAUCGAGUAUUGCAAAAACCUAGUAGGAUGGUCUCCCACAAAUACAGAAGAGUCCCCUCUGCUGCCUCGGGUUUCCACCCUGGAGAUCGUUUAUUGCCCAAAAAUGGCAUCCCUCCCGCGUUUUCGGGUCAACUUUGAGAGGGUUGAUUUGAUUAAGGUAAGCAGUGAGCUGUUGAGUGCAUUCGGCGCCUCUCUGAUCUCUACACCGCACUUUAGGUUUGAUGAGUUUAGUCUGGAAUUCGUGGAAAACUUUGCACAAUUUACUUCCCUCCAUGAUGGCGAUGGUGAUGAGGGCGAUAACAACAUGCCACCGCCGUGGGCCCUUCCAACCCUUCAUUGCUUGGUUGUCAAAUAUGUUGACUUGGUGACUCUACCGAAUUGGAUUCAGCAUUCCUCAAAUUUGCAGAAGCUGGAGAUAGAAGAGUGCAACGAGCUUAAGUGCUUACCAAGUUGGCUCACAAAGCUGACCGCCUUACGGUCUUUGGAAGUAAGGAGUUGUGAUAUUAUAUCUGGGAGAUGCAACAGCAGCACAGCUGAGGACUGGCCCAUCGUUUCUCACAUCCCAAACAUCCAUGUUGACCGUGAAAACGUCCAAGUGAACGGCAGCUAUCAGGAAAUUCGAAAAAAUAGCUCCCCCUUCGAAUUUGAUUAUGGUGCUAUGCGUCGCGACACCAUCCGCUUUAUGGGAUUGUUGAGAAUGGAAGAAGAAGAAGAAGAAGAAGAAGAAGAAGAAGAAGAAGCAUCCUCACAAACCCUAAUCUCAAGGUAUCUUUUUGAUUCAUCUAGUUAA